GGCCCUCGCGACGCUUCGUCUUCUGGCCCGUUGUCGAGGCAACGAGCGGGGGAACGGCUGGCGUUGCUGCCGCGCGGUUUGGGAGGAACGCUGGGAACCGGCCGGCAGAGUCCGGGCGUGCGGGAGCUCAGGACAGGGGCCUUUUCGGAAAGUUCAGGACACAGAGAAACGGAGCAACCCAGCUCUUUGGAGUCCGAGCCGGGACCGGUAUCUUAAGCGUUUGAUUCCUGAUGCAAAGAUUUACCCACUGGCGGCAUUACAGGACGAGGAAAAGAGCUUUGUGGUCCUAAGUCACGUCACCUCUGAACUUGUUUCUCCACCUGCUAAAUAAUGAGAUGGCUCUCCCCACACUGCCGUCCUACUGGUGCAGCAGGAGACUUGUGAAUGAGCAGAUAGCCCGACAGCGAGAACAGGAGGCUCGGCUCCGGCAGCAGUGGGAUCAGAACAGCCGUUACUUCAGGAUGUCUGACAUCUGCAGCUCUAAACAGGCAGAAUGGAGCUCCAAAACCUCCUAUCAGCGGAGCAUGCAUGCGUAUCAGCGUGAAAAGAUGAAGGAGGAGAAGAGGAAAAGUCUGGAGGCCCGACGAGAGAAACUCAGGCAGCUUGUGCUGGAGGAGCAGGACUUGCUGGCCAAAGAACUUGAGGACCUGAGGCUAAGCAUGAACUCGCGAGAAAGAAAAAUCCGGGAGCGACACAUAAAUCUGAAAUUAGCCCAAGAACAGCAAAGGAAACUGAUUGCUGAACAACUGUUGUAUGAACAUUGGAAAAAGAACCACCCAAAACUUCGAGAGAUCGAACUGGACCUUCACAAGAAGCAUGUGGUAAACUCUUGGGAGAUGCAGAAAGAAGAAAAAAAACAGCAAGAAGCCACUGAAGAGCUAGAGAACAGACGGCAUGAAAAUGAAUAUGAAAGGACACACAGGGAAGCACUGGAACGGAUGAAAGCUGAAGAGGAAAGGCGGCAACUAGAGGAUAAAUUACAAGCCAAGGUGUUGCUCCAGCAGAUGGAGGAACUGAAGCUGAAGGAGGUAGAGGCGGCCAAACUGAAGAAGGAGCAGGAAAAUCUGUUGAAGCAGCAGUGGGAGCUGGAGAGGCUGGAGGAAGAGAGGAAGCAGAUGGCAGCCUUCCGGCAGAAGGCAGAGCUGGGGCGCUUUUUGAGACAUCAGUAUAAUGCACAACUUAACAGACGUACACAGCAGAUCCAAGAGGAGCUGGAGGCAGACAGGCGACUCUUGGAGGCACUCCUUGAGAAGGAUGAUGAGACCCAGCGUGUCCACCUGGCCCGGAGGGAGCAGGCCGUGGCUGAUGUGGCCUGGAUGAAGCAGGUCAUUGAGGAGCAGUUGCAGCUGGAGAAGGCGCGGGAGGCAGAGCAGCAGAUGCUACUGAGGGAGGAGGCCAAGGAGAUGUGGGAAAAGAGAGAGGCAGAGUGGGCACGAGAGCAGAGCGCGAGGGACAGACUGAUGUGUGAGGUUCUGGCAGGGAGACAACAACAAAUACAAGAAAAGAUUGAACAAAACCGAAGGGCGCAAGAGGAAUCCCUGAAACACAGGGAGCAACUCAUCCGAAAUCUUGAGGAAGCAAAAGAGUCAGCUCAUCGUGAAAAAGAGGAGAGUGAAGAACUGAAAUCAGCCAGAAAACGGGAGCUGGAAGCUCAGGUUGCAGAGCGCCAGCUGCAGGCAUGGGAAGCAGACCAGCAGGAGGAGGAGGAAGAAGAGGAGGCCAGACAGGCAGAGCAGCUCACUGACGCCCUGCUGCAGCAGGAGGCGAGGACAAUGGCUGAGCAGGGCUACCGGCCUAAGCCUUACGGACAUCCCAAAAUUGCUUGGAACUGACUUCACUGGUACCAUAAACUCAGAGAACAAGGAUGCUGAGGUUUUGGGUAUACAGCUGCCACACAGUUGUAUUGUUCUGCUCUAGUCAGUGUCUAGGGCACUGUCAUAUAGUUCAGCGAUGCCUGUUCAGGUACCUGAUUAAAAGCCUUGAGGGUCUGGCCAGACACGAUUUAUAGUACCCUGCAAGAGGCUCUUCUCUGCUUUUCUUAUUCAAGAAUGAAGAACGGGUCUUUUGUAAGCACACGUGUAGAGUGGUGUCAAGUAGUCUUAUAAUCUGUUUGUAAAUAAUGUAAGAUUCUAGGUUGCUACUAAGAGCUACAAAUAGUAUCACAUCAUUAGGAUAUGUGGUUUCCUAUUGUCUCACUCACUGUCAAGUAAUCUAUAAUGUAUUUAUAAAUAAUGUAAGAUUCUAGAUCAAUACCAAGAGGGCUACAAGUAGUAUCCCAACAUAGGGAUGGGAUGAUUUCCUAUUGUUUCACCCUUAAUUGUCAACCUCCAGUGAAGACUCUAGCUAGAGAUGAGAGGGAUAUAUUUUAGUUGUAAAAAUUGGUAUUUAUUCUAUUGAAAACAAAUUUGCAGGUCUUGGCAUAGUUUAUUUCAGGGUUUAUUAAUUUACUGGUCCCAAAAAGAUCAUGUCUUUUGUAUUCUGGAACACAAGAACUAUGAACAAACUAGACCCCCUGAAACAGUCUGAUGUGAUCCAUGGAUAAUUUCCAGAAAGGUGGCAAGAAAUGAGUCUUUGCUCUCUCAGGAAGCAUUUUAGUAGACUUUCCUUAGAGCAUUAUGUGUGGGUGAGUGAUCCCAAUAUGUAACAGAACCUCAGAAGGUCACAUGGUUGGCUAAACCUUUUAAAGGUAGCAGUGACACCUGGGACUAGUGUCUUGGGAAGCUCUUGGCUGUGAGGAGCCUUCCGGGAUUUAUGUGCCCAGAGAAGGAGGUACUGAACCUGAAGAAACUAGAUCAGACUCAGCGCCACAGACUGGGCCAAGAAAUUCUCUCCCACAUCAGGGUGGCAUAGUUUUGGAUUAAUCUCUACAAAUACCUACAAGUUCCUUAUAGCAAUAAUCACAUUUUUAUGACUUGUAUUUUUUCCAUUCUAUUCUCUGACAUUUCAGUUUUCAUUACAUUGUGUCCAGGACUCUGUAUCUCAGUAAAUUACAGCUAAUUAUAGGGCAUUAUUCCAUGGUAAGUCUAAGGGCUACAUUACCUUUCACUUUCAUUGUGCUAUAGAAACAUUGAACUUUAAACUAUGUCCUUAAUCUGUUUUUUAUUUCUUUGUCUUGAAAUUCUUUGGCUGUGAUCCCUUGAGCACUGCUUUCAUUAUGCGUGCUUAUAUUGUUUUAGAUGUUCAUUUAUUGUGAAAUAAAGAUCUGGUUUAAUGGCAUUGCUUCCAGGCUCUGUUAACUGUGGCUCUGUUUAUUACUGCAAAAUGAGUUGCUGGCAAUAGAUUUUUUUUACUGAUUUAAUCCACAUCUCCUGUAGGUUUGGAUAUUUUCUGUAACUAGCCAAAUUUUAUAGGUUAUAUUCAUUUUUCUUAUGAAAAUGGUGCUUUCUCUCCUUUUAUUUUAUUUUAAUUAAUUUUUUUUUUUUUUGCAGUUUUUGGCCGGGGCUGGGUUUGAAUCAGCCACCUCUGGCAUAUGGGGCCGGCGCCCUACUCCUUUGAGCCACAGGCUCUGCCCUUUCUCUCCUCUUAUUUCCAUCAGAACCAUAGGAAAUUAAUAAGCAAUCAUAUCUUCUCUGAGCACAGUACAGAAUCCAUGUGGACAGGGUAAUACCUGGGAAGUAAGUAUUUUGACAUUGAUGGAAUAAGUCUUUUAACGUUUUGUUUUUGAAGCUUGGUGACAAUGUCCUUACUAACGUUAAAAGUUACACAGGUUCUCUGAUAUAUUUAAAUGUUUCUGCUUGAAUCAGGCCAAAGUGUUUUUUAAACUUAGAACAUUUUCUUAUUCUUUCUGUUAUAGCCCAUAUGCCUCUUAUCUGAUUGUGUUCUUUGUGUUAUGGUUACAGAUAUGUAUGUUGGUUUAUUCUUUCAAAGUACUUUUUCUAUACUUAAAAUUAAUGAUUUCAAGAUUGCUCUUUGGCAGAUUCUUCUACAAAAGUCACUUUUUAGGAUAGAUGGUUCUGAAGCCGCUGUGAAAUGAUUCUUGUGCUAUGAUGUCAGUGAUGACUUGUGCUCUUUGUCGAUUCCUCAUUUAGCACACAUUCUCUUUAGGGAAGGUACAAGGCAAGGCCUGGAGAAGUCACACAGUUGAGUAAGAACAGUGACGAGAGUCAGACACAUAGAUGUCACCAGCAGACACGAGCCAGUUGUAAUGCAUAGGGCUGAAGACAUAAUUUCUUUAGGGAUAAAAUGAAUAUUUUUUCACCGUCUAGAAUUUUAGGUAGUUUUCAGUGUUUAUAAAAUACAGAACAUCGGGGUGGAACCUGUGGCUCAGUGAGUAGGGCGCCAGCCCCAUAUACCAAGGGUGGCGGGUUCAAACCCAGCCCCAGCUGAACUGCAACCAAAAAAUAGCCGGGCGUUGUGGUGGGCACCUGUAAUCCCAGCUGCUUGGGAGGCUGAGGCAGGAGAAUCGCUGAAGCCCAAGAGCUAGAGGUUGCUGUGAGUCCUGUGACAUCAUGGCACUCUACUUAAGGCAGUAAAGUGAGACUCUGUCUCUACAAAAAAAAAAAAAAAAUACAGAACAUCACUUAAGACACUGUAAUGUCUUUAACAACAUUGGCAUUAGCAAUUUUUGAUCACCUUGACCAAAGUCAGCCAUGAGCCAUGUGGAGUUUGAUGGUAGGGUGUUUGACAAUCUAAUGCCUUCCUUGUAGAGAAGCAUUUAUUUUAUGAGUUAAUGUUAUGAUUACCCAGAGGACAAUGUCUACCUCAAGUUGGGAUUUUUCAAAAUGUAGCUUAUUUCACUGCUAUACAUAACUGAUUGUAUAAAUUCACUAUCAUUUAUUUCUUCUAAUUUGUUUGGUUUCCAGUUUUUUCUAAUAAAAUUU